AUAUAUUUGGUUUUUUUCGCAGAAGAGGUGAAAGACAAUGCCCCGAUUAAACCGCCAAAUCAAAAAGUUGAGGGAAGAGAUGAAAGAAAUUGGUAAGGAACAAAAAAGUAUAAGAAAGGGACAAAAAAAAGUGCGAGAAAAACUAGAAGCUGUGGAAUCAAAAUGCCAGGAGCUCCGCAGAGAGACUAAGCUGGUAAUACAGCAGAGUAACAACACCAGAAUCCGUUUAGCACUUAUGCUUCAAAUCCUCAAGGCAAGACAAACGAACGACUUUGUCAAAGCAACUCUCCUCACGCAGGCCUUACGCGAAAUUAUAGCAAAACAGAAUAAAAAUCUUGAGCUACCAACUAUCAACUAUCAGAAAAGAACUUAAGAGGCCCCGAAUAAUAAACAAAUAAAAGGAAGACAACUUCUCGAGAUCUUAUCGCUUAUAGGUGAUCGUUUUGUGUGCGAGUUUUAAAAGAUAACUAGUCCCUAUUUGCAAUUUGUGUCAUUGAAAAUUUAAGACUUUAUGUUUAGUAGUUAUUUGCAGUUUCAGUGUUCGUUUUGUGUGCGAGUUUUAAAAGAUAAUAUAAUGUAUCUUGAAUGUGUACUUUUAACUUAUCUUUAUCCCGAUAAAAUGACUGGAUUUCUGUUGUGCCCUUUGAUAAUUUUUUUUUUUUUUUUUUGCUUCCAAUUUGUUUUAUUAUUUCUUUGGAAUUAAAUUAAACUAAAUGGUAAUCAUGCAACUCCAAACUAAUUAGUUUUGGAGUUGUGGCUUGUUCUAUCUUCAUUUUAUUAUUAUUAAAAAAAUGAUAAUCAUCACCCUUAGAAUUAUGUUCGGAUUUUCUCCUGUCAUGUGAAUUUCUGCCUUCAAGAUCUCUCUUUUGAAGAUUUUUCCUUUCUUUUCUUGAUUUCUUUCAUUCUCUUUCUUACUUUUUUUUUUUUUUUGUAUAUUUGAUUAUGGGAUAUAUAAAAAAGGAUACUCUUC